GGACUGGUCGGUUAGCAUUAGUUGUUCAACUGGCUGACAGACAACAACCGGAGCAGCUGAGACAGAGACACUGAGACACUGGGAGACGGGUCUAUCACUACUACGACUAGCACCGUCUCACUGAGGAGCUACAAGUGUUGUGACCACGUCGUUAAUUCUCCAUACAUCGUUAUAUAGAUAGAUAUCCACCUGUUAUCUGCUACAUCGAGCGGUUAGCGAGCUAACUGUUAGCUUACUGUGUUACUCUGUCUCUGCUGCGUAUCAUAACAAGGUUGCCAACAUGUUGCAGUGAGUAAUGUAUCGAGUGUUGAUAUUAAUAAUGGCCAUCUGGGAGGCGCAGGGAUGCACCAAUUCAGAAAGCUGCCCGACGCUGGCGCCCAAUUCCUCCAGGGACUACUGUUACUCUGCCAGAAUACGCAGCACAGUGCUCCAGGGCUUGCCUUUCGGCGGGGUGCCUACUGUCCUUGCCCUUGACUUUAUGUGCUUCUUGGGGCUGCUGUUUGUGUUCUCCUUCUUGAGAAAAGUAGCGUGGGACUAUGGGCGCCUCGCUCUGGUGAAUGACGCUGACAGAAGAAUGGAUCAGCGGUACAGUCGCCUGGAUGAUCGGGAAUACGUGGCCUCUGCCUUGACAUCAGAGACACCAGAACGCUAUGAGCGCCUCACUUCAGUUUCCAGCUCUGUGGACAUCGAUCAGAGAGACACAGGCUUCUGCUCCUGGCUAACUGCCAUCUUCCGCAUCAAGGAUGAAGAGAUAAGGGAGAAGUGUGGUGAGGACGCAGUACAUUACUUGUCCUUUCAGCGCCACAUCAUUGGCCUGCUGGUAGUGGUGGGCGUACUUUCCGUGGGCAUCAUCUUGCCCGUUAACUUCUCGGGAAACCUACUUGAAAACAAUGCCUAUAGUUUUGGGCGAACCACUAUAGCAAAUUUGGAUGCAGCUAAUGCACUACUUUGGCUGCACACCACCUUUGCAUUUCUCUACCUGUUACUAACGGUGUACAGCAUGCGACGGCACACCUCCAAGAUGCACUACAAGGAGGAUGACCUGGUGAAACGCACUUUAUUUGUCAACGGAAUCUCCAAAUACGCAGAGGAGACUGAGAUAAAGCAACACUUUGAGCACGCGUAUGAAAACUGCGUUGUACUGGAAGCUCGUAUCUGUUACAAUGUGGCCAGGCUGAUGUAUCUCAACUCUGAAAGGAAGAAGACGGAGCGCAGCAAAAAAUUCUUCCUCGACCUGCAGGCCAAAGAGCAUACUACCACCAUGAUCAAUCCAAAACCCUGCGGACACCUUUGCUGUUGCAUCAUCAAAGGCUGUGAGCAGGAAGAGGCAGUGGGCUUCUAUACCAAGCUGGAGUCACAACUAAAAGAUGACUACAGGAAGGAGAGAGAAAAGGUUAACAGGAAACCCUUAGGAAUGGCCUUUGUCACCUUCCAGAAUGAGUCCAUGACAGCCAUAAUCUUGAAAGACUUCAAUGCUUGCAAGUGUCAAGGCUGUCAGUGUCGUCGGGAGCCCAAGAGCUCUCAAUUCAGCCCCAAGCUCCACACCCACAACUGGACUGUCAGCUACGCCCCUGAUCCUCAAAAUGUCUACUGGGAGCAUCUGUCAGUGGGAGGAUUCUCCUGGUGGAUCCGCUGCUUGAUCAUCAACAUUGUCCUCUUCCUCCUCCUCUUCUUCCUCACCACCCCGGCUAUCAUCAUCUCCACAAUGGACAAGUUCAAUGUUACCAAACCAGUGGAGUACCUGAAUAAUCCAAUCGUCACCCAGUUCUUCCCCACACUCCUCCUGUGGUCCUUCUCCGCCUUACUUCCUACCAUUGUCUACUAUUCUGCCUUCUUCGAAGCCCACUGGACCCGGUCAGGAGAGAACAGGACCACAAUGCAUAAAUGCUACACUUUCUUGAUCUUUAUGGUCCUGUUGCUGCCCUCCCUUGGACUCAGCAGUUUGGAUGUUUUCUUCCGCUGGCUUUUUGACAGAAAAUUCUUGGCAGAUGCUACAAUAAGAUUUGAGUGCGUGUUCCUUCCUGACAAUGGAGCCUUCUUUGUGAACUAUGUCAUUGCGUCUGCAUUCAUUGGUAAUGCCAUGGACCUGCUGAGGAUCCCCGGUCUACUUAUGUACAUGAUCCGCCUCUGCCUUGCUCGCUCUGCAGCAGAGAGGAGGAACGUAAAGAAGCACCAAGCCUAUGAGUUCCAGUUUGGGGCAGCUUAUGCCUGGAUGAUGUGUGUCUUCACUGUGGUUAUGACCUACAGCAUCACAUGCCCAAUCAUCGUCCCUUUUGGGCUGAUGUACAUGCUACUGAAACAUUUAGCAGACAGGUACAACAUGUACUACGCCUAUCUGCCAUCCAAACUGGACAAGAAGAUCCAUUCUGGAGCGGUCAACCAAGUGGUGGCUGCUCCUAUUCUCUGUCUCUUUUGGCUUCUGUUCUUCUCCACUGUUCGCUCGGGGUUAUCAGCUGCCACGUCCGUGUUCACGUUCAUAGUUUUGAUCAUCACAAUCAUAAUCUGCCUCUCUCACGUCUGCUUCGGACACUUUAAAUAUCUCAGCGCUCACAACUACAAGAUUGACACCCAGGCGGUGGACGGGUUGGAGAACGGGCGUCCAGUGUGCCCUACUACCGCCACCAAGGCAGCGCAAAUGUACAUUGCCGAGGUACUUCAAGACCCAAAUUCAGAGGCUGGUUCAGGCAGUGGCGAGGAAGACGGCCAGGGGUCCUCGCAGGACGAGGAAAUAAUCAAUGUCGAAAAUGGCCUGAAUGAGGACUUCCAGUCUGGUGAGGACAGCCUCAUUGAUAACGAAGUGCGGCACUGAUGCUGCCUGGAACAGAAAAAAAAAAUCCCUUAAGUUUAACUUGAGGAGUGCACUGAAUAUGUGAAUUAAACUAGGAACUGAACCAACGGUUCUCCAAAGCAUCUCAACCUCCAUCGAGGGACUUUACACUAACAUAAGCACACUGUCUACUAAGGAUUGAAUGGAUUAUCGCUCAAGGACAUUUCCUUCACUGGAUCUCAUCAAACCACAUCUUCUGUCCAUGUACCUGCAGAGGGAAUCUACUCUGACAAUGCAAGGGUAGUGACAUCCUUCUGCCCCGAUUAUAGCUGAGGCACACCCCAAAACACUGCACAUGGACACAUGAAAGAAAGACACUAAUGCACAAAUGAAGAAUAGUUUGCCUUGUUUUGUAAGGGAAGUGAUAUUCUGUCUGUGUUUCCUUAACAUUAUUGCACUUGAAAGAGAGGAUCUGUCCUAUAAGCACGAGUCUCCCUAAGGUACUGUACAGCAUGCCUUCAAGUUCAAAUGGUGGAGGGAUUUCCCUAUAAUCCUUUGCCAGUAUCUCUAAUAGUCUGCACUAAAUGCUUCCCCUGAAUAAGCAGCUGGUGCGAGAGGAGAACAAGAGAAGAGUUUUCCCAGACCACCUGACUGCUUGGUCUGUGCAGAUGUCUCAAAAUGGUUCUUCCAAUUCCGUAACAGCCUUUUAAAAAAAAACAAAGAAGAAAAAAAAUCGUUGCUACUACUAACACUCCUGGACGCUUCGACACUGUACAGAUGCAAGAACUCUGGAUUUGUAAAACAGCCUUUUUUUGACAUGGUAUUUAUUUGUAAGCAUUGAAUUUAAAAUGCUAUCAAGCUUGAUUCAUCCCUAAACUGUGGAAGAAGAUAAUUCAUAUCUUGGCACACUACAUUGAUAAUGAUGUUUUUGGCGUUCAGUCUUUGAGCCUUUUGUUGGGACUGCUGUUGGACUGCUGCUACUGAUGCUGCCCACCCAGUAGGGGGAAGUCCUUGCACGGGUGCUGCAGGAGGACUGGAGGCCAGGAGCCUGCUGGUCCUUCUGUGUUGCUCAGAGGAUGGAGAGAAAGGCCUUUUGGGGGGUUUUCUGGGUCAGCUUCAUAUGAUACUCAUUGUGACUGGUUCUCUUUAUCUGUUAUUUUAAUUUGUAUCUUUUUGUCCGUAUGUUUACGUCUUUAUGUAGAAAAAUUAACGUUCAGUGUAGGUGGCUACUGAUAGUUUUACCAAUAAGCUAAUCUAUACCUUAUCACUCAGUCCUCUCCAUUUUCUUCAUGUAGGUAGCAUAUUGUUCCAGUGGAGCAUUGUUACAGUUUCCCAUUUGCUAUUACUCAAUGCCGAGUUGUAGAUUGUUUAACUCAAAUUGUGCAAUUUUGGUGAUAACAUAUCAGAUCGGAGGCUAGGCCAAAUGACAGAGUUAUACCAGUGGAUGUCAUUCUCAAACCCUAAUUUUAUGCUAUUGAAUACUACUAUGCCCCCCCUCAUCGAAAGCCAAAUGAAAGAUGUAUUCAUUAUGUUGAUUCUUGAGUUAAGAAGUCAUUAAGUUUCCUCCCAUAAUGAUACGUUCCAUUUGCAGAUCCAGUUAUAAAGCCUCUACCAGAGCAAUAGUAAUAUACUCCACACUUGAUCCCGAUCUGCCUCAGCCACAUGAAGCAGCUUCUUUUAAGGAAGACUGACAAAAAACACAUAAAAUACAAAAACACCAUGUAACAAAUUAUAAUGUGAAACAAAGUGCCCACACAGUUAUGACCUUACUCAGGAUCUAUCAAGCUAUUUUUUCAUUUGCUAUAUUUAAUUUCUUCCUUAGUCAAGACAACACUAUGAGCUGCCCCAUUAAUUACAAAUAAGAUUGUUGGUAAACCAAGGCUGCAGACAAAGCACAACUAAAGUCUGUCACUGUGGACCAAUUAUUGUUAUUUGGCCAGAAAAAGGUAAUAUCCAGCUGCUCAGAGAACCAUUGUGGGAAAUGUGCACUAAUCUAACUUUCACUUAUAUGAUUGACGGAAGGGCUCACCCCUCCCUGUGGGUGUAAUCAUGACAAUGGUAAACUGUUUCCAUAAUUUGUCCAUGGGUAUAUUGGCACCACAUAUUAUUAUGGUACUAACAAGAGAAUUGUUUGACACCAUUGAGUCUGGUGCUCUUCUAGUCAUGAUAAGGUGAUUUUAUUUUUUUAUACCUCUUCAUUUUUAUACCUCCGAGAUGUCUUGAAAUCUCUGAAUGUGUCCUGUCAAAAAUAACCUCUAAAUCUCAUCUCGUCUAACAGCUCCAGUGUUUAAACACUGAAUGUAGGUUAAUUCCACAACUUUUGGUAAGUUGAAGGUGGCUUAAGUAAUAGUGUGGUGGCUGUAUUUGCACAGCUUCAAAAGGACGGUUCACUAACUAACCAGAAAUUAUAAGUUUUAUACUAUAACAAAACUUACUGGCGUCCAGUCCCAUGUCACGGCAUUUCAUUUGAGUGCAGAUCUACAUUUGUCAGUCUGACGGUUGCAAUGAUUUCCAGUAGUCUUUUUUCUAAUUCUAAGUCUAGGAUCCUCCCGAUGAAUCCUUUUAUUUUAGAUUAUCUUCAUAAGGUCUGUAUAGACAGUGGGACUUGAAAAUAAAUGGAUUGUUUUUGUUAACAGCCAAGCACUUUCUAAUAGAAGUUCUCAGCUUGUUUCUACCAUGUGCUCAGAAUGGGUAGUAAAACGUCUCUGCGUCUCGAAACUGUGCACAGUUAGAACGUGUUUCUGUGUGCUUUGCCUUUUAUAGUUUUACAUUUUUCUAGAUAGGAAGAGUAACAAUAGCAGAUCUAAGCAUUUGACCGUCUCAUGUUAUUAUUCUUUCCAAAGGGCCGUCUGUACAACAGAUGUAUACUGUGUAUAUCUGUGCUCCCUCGCCCCCCAGCUCUUUGAACAAUAAAUCUGUAUUUAAUCAUG